UACUAAACUGUGCCGCCGUGCUAAAAUCGAGUGUCUAAUAAAUCCCGUCGUCGCAAGUGGAUUCGUACACCGAUUCCCCGACGCCAAAAUAAAACCGUACAUUAGUUUAUGUCCAACAGAGUCGGCAAGUUGUUGUCGGUCGCCAUGUUUGCUUUGGGUGACGCCGAACUCUCUGCCAUUUUCCUCCGCCUCUGGUUGUCAAGAAGAUGGCAGCUUCCAGGCAGGCAUGAGAGGAAAUAUUCCUUCGCAAAUUGAAUGAAUCUGGAUUAUCACCACAACCUUACACCGCCCGUCAGUGCUUUGUGCAACUACUGCAUCGAAUUAGAAUCAUGUCUGUCCCUGGUUCUGUGGUGACUGGGACCUCGGCGUCGGUUCUGCAGCCGCGGUGGAAACGAGUACUCGGGUGGUCCGGUCCUGUCCCCCGGCCCAGACAUGGUCACAGAGCCGUGGCGAUUAAAGAACUGAUGGUUGUGUUUGGCGGAGGAAACGAAGGGAUUGUGGAUGAAUUGCAUGUCUACAAUACUGCAACAAACCAGUGGUUCAUCCCUGCUGUCCGCGGUGACAUUCCACCGGGUUGUGCUGCAUAUGGAUUUGUCUGCGAUGGCACGAGAUUGUUGGUGUUUGGUGGUAUGGUGGAAUAUGGGAAGUACAGCAACGAUCUUUAUGAACUCCAGGCAAGCAGGUGGGAGUGGAAAAAAUUAAAAGCCAAAAAUCCUAAAAAUGGCCCUCCUCCCUGUCCACGUCUUGGUCACAGUUUUUCUCUGGUGGGAAACAAAUGCUACUUGUUUGGUGGACUUGCCAAUGACAGUGAGGACCCCAAAAAUAACAUUCCUAGAUACCUGAAUGAUCUGUACAUACUCGAGCUCCGUGCUGGAUCCAGUGUGGUCACAUGGGAUAGUCCCAUCGCUUACGGAGUUCUGCCUCCUCCCCGUGAGAGCCAUACGGCGGUGGUUUACACAGAAAAGACAAGUAGAAAAUCUCGGCUUAUAGUCUAUGGAGGGAUGAGUGGAUGCCGUCUUGGAGAUUUGUGGACUCUUGAUAUUGAUACCCUGACGUGGAACAAACCGUCAGUAAGCGGUACAGCUCCACUUCCCAGGAGUCUUCACUCUGCCACUACCAUCACAAACAAGAUGUAUGUUUUUGGUGGAUGGGUUCCAUUGGUAAUGGAUGAUGUUAAAGUUGCCACACACGAGAAAGAGUGGAAGUGCACAAACACUCUGGCUUGCUUGAAUCUUGACACUAUGUGUUGGGAGACAGUGUUAAUGGACACCCUCGAAGACAACAUUCCCAGGGCUCGUGCUGGCCAUUGUGCUGUGGCUAUCAAUUCCAGGCUCUAUGUUUGGAGCGGCCGUGAUGGAUACCGUAAAGCAUGGAACAACCAAGUCUGUUGUAAAGACCUUUGGUACCUGGAAACUGAGCGGCCACAUGCCCCUGCUAGGGUGCAGUUGGUCCGUGCCAAUACAAACUCCCUGGAGGUGAGCUGGGGUGCUGUUUCCACUGCAGACACAUACUUAUUACAGCUGCAGAAAUACGACAUCCCUGCAACUCCAGCUGCAGCCUCGCCAGCCAUGAGUACAACCCCUACGCAGCCUCUGAACUCUCCUAGGAGUCCUGCACUGGCUGCUGCAGCCCCCUCCCCACAGAGCCUGACACACUCUGCUGUGUUGAAGGUUGCUCAGCAAUCUGCCACAGGUGCAUCUGUUGUCACAGUCCGCCCAAGCCAACCUGGGAAGUCCCCUGUCACGGUGACGUCCCUUCCCCCAGGUGUCAGAAUGGUUGUUCCUGCCCAGGCCACCCAAGGAACGCCAAUUGGAAGUAGCCCACAGAUGAGCGGUAUGGCAGCACUAGCUGCUGCCGCCGCAGCAACACAAAAGAUUCCGCCUUCCUCUACAGCAACCAUGCUUAAUGUUCCUGCAGGCGCCACAAUUCUUAAGACCGUAGCCGUUUCCCCUGGCACAACCACAAUGAAAGUGGCUUCCCCACUCAUGGUCAGCAACCCCGCCACCCGCAUGCUGAAGACUGCUGCAGCCCAGGUGGGCACAGCAACUGGCUCCUCUCCCACGACGACCACAAGGCCUAUCAUCACUGUGCACAAGUCUGGUGCGGUCACUGUGGCUCAGCAGGCCCAGGUAGUAACCACUGUGAUGGGAGGAGUCACAAAGACCAUUGCCCUGGUAAAGAGUCCCCUUACUAUGGGCAGUGGUGGCACUCUGAUCUCCAACCUUGGCAAGAUGAUGUCAGUGGUUCAAACCAAACCAGUGCAGACGUCAGCUGUCACAGGCCAGGCUUCCACUAACCCUCUCGCCCAAAUCCUACAGUCCAAAGGUUCCCUGCCAGCCGGCACCAUUCUGAAGCUGGUGACCUCAGCAGAUGGAAAGCCUGCAACAAUCAUCACCACAUCCCAAGCUGGAGGCGCAGGAAACAAGCCCACAAUUCUCAAUAUCAGUGGGGUCUCUCCAAAUACUACUAAACAGGGCCCCACUAUCAUUAAAACCAUCCCUAUGUCGGCCAUCAUUAACCAGCCUGGAGCAACAGGUGUAACGAGCAGUACAGGCAUCAAAACCCCGAUAACAAUCUUUACGACUAAGGUGAUGACGACUGGAACACCUGGUAAAAUCAUCACUGCAGUGCCUAAACUGGCCACUGCAGCGGGCCAGCAGGGAUUGACCCAGGUUGUGUUGAAGGGCGCUCCCGGCCAGCCUGGCACUAUUUUGCGCACUGUUCCCAUGAGCACAGUUGGUGGUGUUCGACUCGUUACGCCGGGGACAGUAUCCACUGUUAAACCCACGGUCACAACCCUUGUUGUCAAGGGAACUACUGGUGUGACGUCUCUUGGCACAGUAACUGGUACAGUCUCCACGAGCCUGGCAGGUGGUGCUGUGAACACGACAAACGCAUCACUGGUUACUCCAAUCACCACGUUGGGGACCAUUGCUACCCUUUCCAGCCAGGUCAUCAGUUCACCUGCAAUAACCGUGUCAGCUGCCCAGACCGCCCUAACGUCUGCCACCGCACUGCCCUCGUCCACCAUCACAGUGCAGCAGCCCACCCAGGUGACAUUGAUCACAACUCCCAGUGGUGUCGAAGCCCAACCGGUGCAGGAUCUACCAGUGUCUAUCCUGGCUUCACCCACCUCGGAGCAGCCCAGCUCCUCUGAAGCUGGAGCUUCAGGGGACGGUCCGGGGACAGUAACAUUGGUCUGUUCUAACCCGCCUUGUGAGACACACGAAACGGGAACCACCAAUACAGCCACGACAUCCUCUGCCACAAUCGGAGCAGGGCAGGUGUGCUCCAACCCACCCUGUGAAACCCAUGAAACGGGAACCACCAACACAGCUACUACUGCGUCAUCAAAUAUGACUUCUCCGCGUGUGUGCUCUAACCCGCCAUGCGAGACGCACGAAACUGGGACAACCAACACUGCUACCACAGCAUCUGCCAACAUGGGAGGAACCCAACAGGUGUGCUCAAACCCUCCCCGUGAGACCCACGUGACCGCCACCACCAAAACAGCCACCACCAAGACAGCCACCCAGGCGUCUUCCAACAUGAGCGAAGGCGAAACUAGUACAGUGCAGAGGGUUUGCUCCAACCCGCAUUUCGAAACCCACGAGACGGGGACAACUAACACGCCGUCCACAGCCACCUCCAAUAUGGCAGGAGACCAGACCAGCACGUCAAAUAGCGCAGUUCAGAGGGUUUGUUCUAACCCACCUUGUGAAACGCAUGAGACUGGGACCACCAACACAGCCACUACUGCCACCAGCACUCUUGAGACAGGAGAGAGCACAGCAGCACAACAGCCAGAGGAUGUAACUGAAGGCACCAGCAGCACAGAAGAAGCCUCCUCCACUGCAGCAGCUGGCGUAGUUACCACCACCACCACCACCCAGGGCAGGGCCAUUACUACUGUCACUCAGUCUACACCUGCCCCCGGACCCUCUGUACCUUCCAUUUCAUCAAUCACAGAAGGCGGGAGUACUGCUCCCAGCUCAACAGACGAACCCAUGCAGACUGAAGAAGCAGCAUCAGCAGAAGCCACACCUGCAGUGGAAGGAGCGACUCCCAUGGAGACUCAGGCAGAAGGUGACGCGUCAACAGUAGCCACAGCCACAGCCUUGAACCUGCCAUCAGAGCUCAUGUCUGAGGGCCAGGGAACCACACUGAUGGUGACAGGCCUGUCUGACGAGGAGCUGGCUGUGACCGCUGCAGCAGAGGCUGCCGCCCAGGCAGCUGCUACUGAAGAAGCUCAGGCCCUAGCUAUCCAGGCUGUCCUUCAGGCUGCACAGCAAGCCGUUAUGAAUGAAGGUGAUGCAGCUAGAGAGACCCAGCAAACUACCAGCAUCCCCAUCCUGUUGACUCAGCAGGAGCUUGCAGCGCUGGUGCAGCAGCAGCAACAGCUGCAGGAGGCCCAGGCUGCUGCCCAGCAGGCUGCCGUAGAUACCAGCGUGCCCACUGAGGGCCUCGCUCCUGCCGACAGUCUUAACGACCCAUCUGUGGAGAGCAAUGGACACAGUGAGAUGGCUGCUGCAGUCACGAGUGCAGUGGCCUCUCUGCUGCCUCGUACCACUGCAGAGACGCUAGCUCCUUCGAGUACUUUUGCACCCUCUGUACCGGUGGCGAGUCCCGCUAAACUGCAAGCAGCAGCUGCACUAGCUGAAGUAGCCAAUGGCAUUGAAGGCGAGAAGCCAGCCCCUCAGCCAGCCCCAGUUAAGCCUGUUGUGAAGAAAGAUAACCAAUGGUUUGAUGUUGGGAUUGUCAAAGUGACAAAUAUGGUGGUCACUCACUUCUUUGUGCCCGCUGAUGAGUCUCAAGGAGACGAUGACUCGGGCGUCAUGCCAGACUACAGCCAGAUGAAGAAAAUGGAGCUUCAGCCCGGGACUGCAUACAAGUUCCGUGUUGCUGGAAUCAACGCUUGUGGCCGUGGAGCCUUCUCAGAGAUUUCUGCUUUCAAGACUUGCCUACCUGGGUUCCCUGGGGCACCCUGCGCCAUCAAAAUCAGCAAGAGCCCGGAUGGCGCUCACCUGACCUGGGAGCCUCCCUCCGUGACGUCAGGAAAGAUCAUCGAGUAUUCAGUGUAUCUGGCCAUCCAGAGCAACCAGACAGCUGAGGCCAAGGCCUCCACCCCAGCGCAGCUAGCUUUUAUGCGUGUGUACUGUGGACCCAACCCUUCCUGCUUGGUGCAGUCGUCCAGCCUCUCCAACGCCCACAUCGACUACACCACCAAGCCUGCAAUCAUCUUCCGUAUCGCUGCCCGUAACGAGAAGGGCUACGGUCCAGCCACUCAAGUUCGAUGGCUGCAGGAAUCCGGCAAAGAUGCUGCCUCUGCAAAACCAGCUCCCAAAAGACCAGGCACCUCUCCUGACACCAAGGCUACUGGUCCAAAGAAAGCAAGGACGGACCAGUGAGGUCGGCCCAGCGAUUCUUCCCCUUUGUCCAUUUCCUUCUCCUUUUAUCAGGAAGACUGAGCUUCACCCCUCUUCAUCCUCAAUGCCAUCCUUUAUCUCGUCGUCCUCCACCUCCAAGUCUCAGACCAGACGGCAGAAGAAGCGAAUAAAGCUGAGAUGAAAGUCAAUCCGAGCGAUGUUUCUGUAGAUAAAACCCUGUUUCGUCCUCAUUCUGUUGGCCGUGCUAUUUGUAGAGCAACAUAAAUUUAGAAGCACAUUAUCCUUUAAGUCCAAAUCCUCCUUACAUUUUUUUUGUGGCUUGUUUCAGUAGUUGAGCAGUAUAGAGAAGCAUUUACAUCUUUCACAAACUGGGAGGCAGCCUGAGUGCUAUGUUACUACUUUUUUUUUGUCUUUUGUGAAUCGUUGGGGAUGUAGAGAGAGACUACAAGAAAUGUACAGAGUUGGAACGAGGCAUUCGAUUUAAAUGAGAGGAAAAACCGGUAUGGAAACAAAUAAAGCACUUGUCCUUAAAGAGAGGACAUCAUCCACCCCCUUCCUUUAUGCUCCACUUUGCUUCAUGGAGUCCAUCAAGUCAUCAUAGUGGACUCUUGGUUGCGUCAUCACUGUGCGAUUUUUACCCCAAGAAGAGGACUGGUGGCAUCUGGACGUGGACAAAAAGGAACAUAUUUGUAGAGUCGACCGUGAACUUUGCUACGACUGAGACUUGCAGCACACUCAAAAAAAAAAAAUCUGAAAAAAAUAGCAAGCAAAUGGCGCCUUGUGUAGUUUAUUUUUGUAUUUUUUACGCUUUUUUUUUUUCUUCCUUCGUGUGUGUGUAUGUUGUCGGCAUUUUAAACAAAAAAACAUCACUUUUUUUUUUUUUUUUUUUAAAGUAUUGUUCUCACCUCCCUCAUCUUCCGAUAAUUUGUGGGCAGAUUGGUGGCCGUUGAAGUUGCCGCUAUAUUUUUAAAAGUCAGCAUUCGGUGGGUUGUAUUUCCUCUUUAACAAGACUGGCCGUGAGAGAGUGAGACUUUUGUAUUUGUUCCGAGUAGAACCGCAGAGGUUAUAGGACUGAAGGGAACUUUAAGUGGACCCCAGGGAGAGAUUUUACUUUUGUUUACUGCAACUUCCUCAAUGUGUUGCUUUGUUUUGCCAAACAUGGAGUUUCAUACCCACCCCUUAAUAACCCAAUCAGUUGCUUUUUACACUCAUGAAUGUGGUUUCUCUUUUUUUCUUUUUUAGAAUGUCAAAUUAUAUUAGCAGGCAUAUUUCCCUGAUCCAAGGAUGUAUGUGAGUCCAUGUAAUAUUUUUCUUUCUUUCCUUCCACAACUGUAUUUCAGACCAGGCCAGCUGUGAUGUGCAAACUUGGGCAGAAAGCUUCCAUAACGUGUAAACUAGUUCAUUCAUACAGCAAGAAUAAAACAAAAACAUCUUG